UCCUGGACAGUUUGUCUCAGCAGCCCAGAUCCGGGGGCCCUCAGCCGCCGACGGAGGGCGUGGGGGGUUAGGGCAUUAACCCCUCCCCGCCUCUGCCUACAGCAGCCACUCUGCCUCUGCGCGGCGCUGCGAGGCGAACGCUGCCGGGAGCCAGGGCCACGCCAGCCGGGCUACCCUUUGGAGUGCACGGCUGCGCAGGGAGGGGACCCCGACUGGAGUUAAGUUUGCCAGGGCGCGACGCAGCUCAUUGCGGGCGGCAACAAGAUGAGGAGCGGGGCGCGCCGAGCCGGAGCUCUUCGAACGCAGCUGCGUCCUGCCUGAGCGAGGCUGCGGUUUCCGAGGCUCUCCCCAGGCAAGGCAAGGCUGCACAAAAAAGCCUGGAUUGCUCCCUGAACCUCCCCGGCAGCGGGUGACAGCUCGCGCCUCAGCCUCGCCCUCUAGCGCUCGUCCGGAGAAGAGCUCCCCGGGUUCCUGGCGCGGAGACAGAGCGGGUACCAUGGGGCCCACCAACAUCCCGCUGGUCAAGGCCCUCCGCAACUCGGUCUCUGACUAUGUCAACUACGAUAUCAUCGUGCGGCAUUACAAUUACACGGGGAAGCUGAACAUCAGCGCGGACAAGGAGAAUGGCAUUAAGCUGACCUCGGUGGUUUUCAUUCUCAUCUGCUGCUUCAUCAUCCUGGAGAACAUCUUUGUCUUGCUGACCAUUUGGAAAACCAAGAAAUUCCACCGCCCCAUGUACUACUUUAUUGGCAACCUGGCCCUCUCAGACCUGUUGGCGGGAGUGGCCUACACCGCCAACCUGCUCUUGUCGGGGGCCACCACCUACAAGCUGACGCCGGCGCAGUGGUUCCUGCGGGAAGGGAGUAUGUUUGUGGCGCUCUCUGCGUCGGUGUUCAGCCUGCUGGCCAUCGCCAUCGAGCGCUACAUCACCAUGCUGAAGAUGAAGCUGCACAACGGCAGCAACAGCUUCCGCUCCUUCCUGCUCAUCAGCGCCUGCUGGGUCAUCUCGCUCAUCCUGGGCGGCCUGCCCAUCAUGGGCUGGAACUGCAUCAGCACGCUGUCCAGCUGCUCCACCGUGCUGCCGCUCUACCACAAGCACUAUAUCCUCUUCUGCACCACCGUCUUCACCCUGCUCCUGCUCUCCAUCGUCAUCCUGUACUGCAGGAUCUACUCCCUGGUCAGGACUCGGAGCCGCCGGCUGACCUUCCGCAAGAACAUUUCCAAGGCCAGCCGCAGCUCGGAGAAGUCGCUGGCGCUGCUCAAGACCGUCAUCAUCGUCCUGAGCGUCUUCAUCGCCUGCUGGGCCCCGCUCUUCAUCCUGCUCCUGCUAGACGUGGGUUGCAGGGUGAAGACCUGCGACAUCCUCUUCAAAGCGGAGUACUUCCUGGUGUUGGCUGUGCUCAACUCCGGCACCAACCCCAUCAUUUACACGCUGACCAACAAGGAGAUGCGCCGGGCCUUCAUCCGGAUCAUGUCCUGCUGCCAGUGUCCCAGCGGAGACUCGGCCGGCAAGUUCAAGCGCCCCAUCAUUGCGGGCGUGGAAUUCAGCCGCAGUAAAUCGGACAACUCCUCCCACCCCCAGAAGGACGACGGGGACAACCCCGAGACCAUCAUGUCUUCUGGCAACGUCAACUCGUCCUCCUAAAACGGACAGCUGCCAACCCGUGGGAAGCACUGUUACAUGGUCGCCCACCACCCCGGUGUCGGGGGUGGGGGUAGAGGGCCUGUCUCUGGGCCUCGACUGUUGCCAGGGAGGAGCUGCUGCGAGCCAGAGGGAGGGAGGAGGGGGAAAACUGCAGCCUCGUGUUUGUGGUAGCAGUAGCUCCCCUGAACAAUGCACUGGGAAGGGUGGAGAUCGGGCCGGCCUGGAGUCUGUUUCCUCCCCACUGGAGCUUUGAUUUUGCACUGAGCCAAAGGUCUAGCAUUGUCAAGCUCCCGAAGGGUUCUUUUGGCCCCUCCUCAAAGACUAACGUCCCCAUGUGAAAGCGUCCGUCUGUCUGGAGCGUUGGAAAGAUGUGUUCUUUCACUUGAGUUCCAAAUUCGAGUGAGCGUGUGCACUUCUGCUUGUUUCGGGAUGCUCCGCACAUCCCUCCCUCCCUUCCCCUUCACGCCUCUCCUCCAACUCCUUUACUUUAUAUGUUAGCCUCCUGGUAUUGGCCAGAGCUGAGGCAGUGGCCCCAGGGCCAUUUGUUGAUGAUCUGUAGCAGGUAGGCUGUGUUGAGUAGGUAGGCAGGGAGUUGGUAUGGAGAUGUAAAGCAAUUUCACAUGCUGAGGCCAAAGUUUCCAUGUGAGCUGGAUCAGUUUUUUGGAAUUUGGUUGAAGUCACUUUGAUUCUUUAAAAAACAACGAGAAACAAAACCGUCUUUACAAUGAAAUGUUCCGGCAUCAUGUCCAUUGUGGCUGUAAUUCGCACGAAGAAGUCCACUUUCAAUGCUAUCAGCCAGGAGCCUUAGUGCUAUGGGAGAAACAAGCAAGCAAAACAAGGUGAAAACUGACUGGGAGUUAACUUUUGUAAACCAAGAGAGAUUUCUUAAUGACUUUGUCUAACAAAUACAACAGCUGUCUUUGGCACUUUUGUUGAUGUUUAUUUCAGAGUGUUACGUGAUUCAUUUUAACCAACAAGAUGGUUGUGUUUUGUUGUGUUAAAAGAACUUUUCAUGAUUUUUGAAUGUAUUUGUUUCAGCAGAUGUCUUUCUAUUGGAUUUUUCUAACCUGUGUUAACACCAUUGAAUGUGUAUUUCUUAAGAAAAUACCACCCUCUUGUGCCCUUGAAAGCAUUACCUUAACUGAUAGGGAACACCAGAACUUUUUCAGUACAGUUGUUCAUUAGAGAGUAAUUGAAGAUGUGUAUAAGUGUCACAAAGAAAGAAUAAAAAUAUAUUACUGUCUCUUUAGUUUGAUUUUCAGUGCAAUUAAACCAAGAAAUGUCUUUUUUAAAAAAAUAGUAUUUAAUAGGUUUCUGACUUUUGUGAAUCAUUUUGCACAUAGCUUUAUCGACUUUUAAACAUUAAUAAACUGAUGUUUUUUAAAGA